UCCUGUUGUACCUUCAUCAUCACAAAUGGUUAAUCCAAUGACGACGUUAAGUCAAUCGUUCAGCUUUCUUCCGACUACAACAUCGGAAAAUGUAUCACAACAGAUAUAUUUACCCAAGUUUGCUGAAGCUCACAGUAUAGCAGCAUUCAAUAGUAAUGAGCAUUCGAGAACCAAACAGCAAAUCGGAAUCACUAGACAACAACAAGGAACAGUUUCUUCAUACAGCACUACGACAGCGCAAUGCCAGCCACAGGAUCCACCAAAUCAGAUUGGAAUAUCUAUAUCGGAACCACUGCAGAUCGUUAAAGAUACUGAUGGAAAGCAAUACAUUCAGCUUGAGAACGGUUGCUAUAUGGAGGUGUCAGAAGAUACAAAUGAUGGCGCUGGAGUCAACUCCACUAUAAAUGUGACCGAUAUACCUAACGAGAAUUGUCCUCCCACUGCCUCCAUCACCCUAGAAGACAUUGACCAGCGAUUGACACGCAUGGAAGCUUGCCUGCAAAAAAUCUUUUCCUUCAUAGCAGAUGUUUCCAAAUAUUUGGAAAUGAGAAAAGAAGCUGUUGCACCUGCUGCGUCAAAACGUAAGAAGGAGGACUUUGAAGAGGUGGAAAAACUUUUCCCUAUUAAUGACGAUCAGCAGUUGCAGUCUUUCGAGAGUAGCUUAAAAGAUGCGGUUUUCAACGGGAAAAUGAUGCGAUAUGUCUCAACACAGUAUGAUUUGAACGGGAAGCGAAACGGGAAGACAUUUAUCAAAAUUCUAAUUAGACGGCUGAUUGCACCUAACGUGCUGUUACCGUACUCUUGGAUGGGUAAUUCUAGACGCAUUCAUCAGGAUCAAAACCCCAACAAAGGAUUUAAAAAAUCCUAUCCGAACAUUGUUAUCUUUUUCGAAAAUAUAACAUAUGAAGCUGACUACUCGUCCACUACAGAAGGUGUUCACAAGGCUAUGGGUGAUCACCUGCGACAUAAACAUACCGAAAUGAAGAGGUAUCUGACAGGAGGAGAGCGUAGGCUACCAUCAUCUAGAGUGAGGAAACAGAAGAUUAUUGAGCAACCCGAGAUGCAACCAACGGAGAUUAUAAUGGAUGAGAAUGUUGAUAGCUCAGAAGUGGACACAAGCUCAGGCUCAUGUGAUCCAGAGACGAUUAGUGAAAGUAUUGCUCAUAUGGAGUAAUCGAAUAUAUUUUCCAAGA